UCUGCAGCCACACCUGACCCUCUCAGGAAUGAGGAAGUAGGAAAGUGGGUGGAAAUAAAGAGAAGUUCAAUGAUGGUGGAAGAUGAAAUACGAUAUUCCAGGAAGUCGGGUCUUAGAGACAUUUCCUGAGAUGUGGAGAAGAGACCUACAGACUCCAACAUUUCCAUAGAGAAGGUGAUGUUAUCUCGGGUCAUCUUCUGAUGUCAUGGGGACCUUUUUCUCCAAAUUCUUCUACUCCCAAGAGUCGGCUCCUGGUGUCCUGGGAAAGCUCCCACAAACCCCCGGGGAUCUUAUCAUAUAUUCUCUGGAGGAUCUGACAGGAAGUGACUUCAAGAGAUUUAGGAACAAAUUGUCCGAUUUCUCCUAUGGAAAUAAACGUCCCAUCCCCCGAGGAAAACUAGAAAAUGCAGACUGGAUCACCACCAAGGACCUCCUGAUAGACAGAUAUGGAGAAGAAGGGGCUCUGGAUGUCACCAUUCAUGUCUUUACAGAAAUCGGUCUGAUGGGACCCGCAGAUGAACUCCAGAAGAGGAGAGCACAACAUGCCAAACUGAAGAAGACGACACAUGAGAAAACAUUAUCAGACAUCAGUAAGGAACACAGAGAGUCUGAGAAGUUCCAGAGGAUUAAAGAAUAUAAUUCCCGUAUGGGGGAGGCUGUUCAUCUACAGGAAAGAUUCACCGAGUUAUUGAUGAUAAUCGGACCCCAGAAUAAAGAGGGAAAAGAAGAAGAAAUAAGGAGUUCAGGGAGAAGACAUCUACAGAUCAUGGAGAAAAGACCCCCAACCACAAUCCCGGCCCUCUUUUACCCUGAUAAACGUGGGUUCAUCCCUAAGAUUGUUGUGUUACAAGGAGCUGCUGGGAUUGGGAAAACAAUGACCUCCAAGAAGAUCAUGCUGGACUGGGCCUCUGAGGAUCUCUACCGAGACAAGUUUGACUUUGUGUUUUAUCUGAGCUGUAGAGAAAUUAACACCAUCCCUGGAGACAUAAGUCUUGUGGGACUUUUAUCCAGAACCUGCAGACUGAGUUCAGGUGACCUGGUGUCUAUUCUGGAGGAUCCUGGAAGUCAGAGAAAACUUCUCAUCAUAGUUGAUGGGUUUGAUGAACUGAGGUGGACUCUGGAGGGGAAAUCUGAGGGUUGUCCUGACAUUUCUAUGGAAACCCACAAAGAAAUAAUUCUCCAAAGCUUGCUCAGGAGACAGGUUCUCCCAGAAUCCUCUCUGAUCAUCACCACAAGGUCACUGGCCAUGGAGAAACUUAACACAUUCAUCGAUGAUUCUCGCAAUGUGGAAAUCCAGGGAUUUACAAGGGAAGAUCGGGAGGAAUAUGUCCAUAAAUUCUAUGGAAAUAAAGAAGAUGCAGACAAGGUUCUCCGUAUAAUAAAAGACGAUGACGUUGUGUACACCAUGUGUGCCGUCCCCAUCACAUGCUGGAUUGUCUGCACUGUAAUGAAACAAGAAAUAAGAAAAUAUUUGGCUUUAAUUCGGUGUCAUACGAUGACUUCAAUUUACCUUCUCUACCUGGAGAUUUUACUAACCCAUCACACCAAGAAGGAGCCGUCUGUACCCAGGAAACAAUCCUGUCUGAAGAAGCUGUGUGCUCUGGCCAAUCAGGGACUUCUGAACCAACAAAUCUUAUUUGAGAAGAAAGAUCUAGAAAGACAUGGACUUUCUCUGGAUGAGGUGGAGUCUGUUUUUCUGAAUGAGAACAUCUUUCAUUGGGACGUCCGAACCCAGACCUGCUACAGCUUCAUCCACCUGAGUGUACAGGAGUUCCUUGCUGCUCUCUAUUAUGGGAUGGAUGAUGGGUCUGGGUCUAUGGAAGGAACUUUCCUCCCGGAGAUCUGUGAAGGGAAAUCACUCCAUGAAUUCAGUUCAGGUUCCUCACAUUUAUCAUUAUCUGUACAAUUCCUGUUUGGUCUCUUAAAUGAAAAUCAGGUGAAGACAUUUUCAGAGAUCACAGGAAUCCCCAUCUCACUCCGAGCCAAACCUGCAAUCAUAGAAUGGGCCAUGAAUGACAACAGACCUGCUAAGAGAAAAUGGGCCAAGAAGGACAUCGAUCAGACUUUCCGUACUCAGACCAUCUUCUGUCUGUAUGAGACUCAGGAUAAGGACUUCAUUAGGAGAGUCAUGUCUGGAUGUACAAGUUUGAAGCUUUACAACUCACGUACUGGUCACUUGUGGAUGAACAGGAAUUAUUCCAAGCAGCUGAACUAUUGCUUGAAGACUUUAAAGAGAGAAAGUUUUCAGUCUAUACAUUUUGGAUCUCUCACUGUGGGUCCAGAGUGCCAGAAACUUCUCUCUCCAUUCCUACACAGGAGUCAGAAGGUCAGAUUUCUGUAUUGUACUAUUUCCAGUAAAGAUUGUCCGGGAGAGGACAAAGCAGAAGAAGAAGAUUCCUCCUCUUCAGGAUAUAAAAGGAAGUGUGAUUCUCUUUCCUUUCUGAUGAAUCCGGAGAGUAAAAUUCAGGAAUUAUGGUUGGAUGGAUGUGGUGUGAGUUCCUCCGGCUGGGAUGAUCUCCGAUCCAUUCUUAUCAAUAAUCGAUCCCUCACCACACUGUUUUUAUCAUGGAAUAUUGUGGAAUACUCUGAAAUAAAACUUCUAUGUGAGGGGCUCAGAGAUCCUGGCUGUACUCUGCAGUGGCUGAGAGGGCCUGAGAUUUGUCUGGUGAUUGUGUCCUGGUGUUGGGUCUGCUGGAUCUUUUCCAUGUAUAGAGGAUGUUCUCACUGACACCUUGGAUUUCUCUGCAACCCUCUAAAGGAAAGUCUUCUACUCUUCAUGGAUAUAAUGGUCGCCUCCCAUUGUGAAUUCCCUCUUCUCCCCUCUGUAGGAUUCCACACUUUCCAAUAUUAUCAAUACUUACUAUGAUGAUGAUGAGGAUCCGACUCAUUAUAAGGACUCAUUCAUGGCGGAGAAAAAUAAAUUUUCUAAAGUUUCUCAUCAAUAAAAGCUGACUGGAACAAUCACUAAUACCGCCACAGAGACCGCAUCUUUCUCUUACUGCUGUCCUAAAACUCUCCAUACUCCUCAUAUCCUCCAUAAUCCUCUCCAUCCCCCAUACUACUCUCCAUCCCCCAUACUACUCUCCAUCCCCCAUACUACUCUCCAUCCCCCAUACUACUCUCCAUCCUUCAUACUACUCUUUCCUCUCCAUCCUAUGCUACAUCCCCCAUACUACUCUACAUAGUGCCGGGGAGGUCUCCUUAGUCUGCCUGUAAAGUGGCACAUUUUACCCUGUAUAGAACCUGCUGUAGCAAAGCAUUUAUAAAAA